AUGGCUGCCAGCAGCAAGGUUCUUACGUUGACUUUCAACCACGUCGUGUUGCCUCCCAGGCUUCCUGGGAAACGGGAAACAGACGCUCAGGUCCUUGAGGUCCAGAAUGAUCUGCUGUCCCGGGUACUCGAUGCGGUCAGGCAGUUGAAGGAGGUCUGUGAGGCAAGAACUGUAGUCGCCUGGGAGCCUGAUGCGACACUCAUCGCUCUUUGGGAGUCUCUCGAGAAGACACUGAGAACUAUAGUGGAGGUGAGCACGGAGGCAUGGGUGAACGAGGCAUCACUUCUGGGGGCACUCCAAGUGCUGCAGCCUGGAAAUGCUAUCAUCUUACACGUCGCUCUACAGAACGCUUGCAUCCUUAUCAGAUAUCCCUCUGACCAAGAAAACAUCAUAUUUGAAACGUUCGAGACAUCGCCCACAGCUGAAUCAGCUCUCGCAGCAAGAGGGGCGCUGGAGUGGGACUUUCCGGGUUCGGCAGUUUCCCUACCCUUGUGCGAAUUUGAAAAUCCAGUUUUCCAAAAGAGUCUGGCUGGAUUCCUCGAGCGGGCCAGCUGCGAAGUGUUGGAUGAGUUCUGCCCUAAGACGCGCAAAGCCGGCGUGAAGGUCUCCGAAACUCGCGAUACGGUUGACCCUGCGAUCAUAUCCCAGUUUCUUAUGACACUUCUUGAGACGAAUGGCAGUCGCACGUACCCACCAAUACUUCGCAAGCGAGUUAAGGAUGAAGUAUGCUGGGAUAAUGCAGAGCUGCCUUGGAGACGGAGCCCAUUCUGGCUGGUCCUGCGCGUAUGCAUACAGCGCUUGCUAUACUUACACCUUGGCGCAGAGCUUGGACGGAUGCAUUACAAAUUCUUGAUGUGUACGCUGAUGGCGCGUUUGUUGGAAGAUUCAGUUCACAAGGUCGACCACGAGCAAUGCAAUUUUCUCAAGACAAAGCUUUGUCGUCGUCUGGCAAAGUUGGAGACUGAAAGAGCGAACGCCUCGCCAGUGGUGCGUGACGCUUAUACAUGGCUCUUUUCAGUUAUUGGACCGAUGUGUCAAAAAGCCAUGGAUAUUGUAACGAGAGUCUUCGACACUAGAUGGGAAUAUUUUAAGAAGUCGACCAGGAGGAAAAUAAACCCUCUCCCGCAGGUUGCUGAAGAGAAGGACCUGCGUCUAAGCCUGCCAAAUAGCUGGCCUUACCUGAAAUCAGUCCUCAGUCGUCCCCGACAAUCCCAAGGAGCCUGCAAGUCCAUUGAUCCUACUGUUCUUGACAAAAACAGUAAGAAAGACACAACAGAGCAAUUCUCCGCGUUGACAGCCCGGUAUACGUCACUCGCAGAUAUGGAGAUGGCGAUGGAAUCUGCAGCCCGUGAUAUUCCUAAUGAGAAAGUGAAAUGUGAAGCGCUAUGCAUGGAUCUCUCCCGCCAGAUUGAAGACUACAUGAGCGCUGUUGGGAAUGCGUAUGAGAAUGACCCCGAACAAAUGGGUGUGUUCAUACUCAGUGUAUUUGAGCUCUGGGUUCGCAUGGACAAAUGCGCAAUAGUAGUAUACCCAUUACUCGCUGAUUACCAUCCCCGGCUCACCCCUGAAUUGUUGGAUGUGCUGCUUCUUUCUCGACGGUAUCAUAUGGAACGGCUCCAAAAGGUUCAAGAAUAUAUCCACGAUCGUUGCACCAAGGCAAAAAUGCGGGAUAUGACCAUCUUCUCCAACCCGUCUCCAGGAGGAUUCACCGACUGCUAUUUCAACACCAAGGAAGCAAAUCAUUUGCGGGAACUUCAACAGAAGAUACAAACAGCAUCAAAUCUCGCUCGGGCUUGUAAAGAGGUAGAACUAGUGCAAGUCAAUGCACUGCAUAAAGACUUGACGGAGAAACUGUCAGCAACCUCUUGCGAUCAGCGAAGACUCCCUGAUGGGAAGCACGAUAUUCGAUAUUGCAAUCAUUGCUUCUACGGUCGGCGUCGCUGGCGUCUUGAGAUAAAGGUCCAUGAAGACUUUCUUCCAUCAGAGGCCAAUACUGCUCAUAAACAAGCUGUGAUAUUCGAGUUAGACGUGCCGAAAUGUUUCGCAUCCUAUAGGGAUACUACCUGGAGGAUUGUCUAUUCUCUUUGUCAGCAAAAAUUCAGUUCACCCUCAGAGAAGCCAGAGAUGCUAUUGAGAGACUAUUCUCAGCUUAGAUUGUAUAAUGAGAGCCAGGCAAGCCAACAUAUUUCACUGGCCUCUCACACCAAAUCCUACCUGGGAACACAUUAUAAAUCAAAGAGGUUACCUGCAAAAGCGAAGGAUGUUUUACUCCCACUGGGACUACAUUUUUCAUACUAUGACAGAGAACGAAACGUGUGGCUGGUGGAGUUUCCUAAACAGUUGACAUGCGCACAUCACUUUGCGCUGCGCCUUCCAAAAAGCCUGCCAUUUGCAGCCUUGUACUCAACCUCUGCCUUUGCAGCCGACGCAUCAGGCCCCACAUCAUAUAAGGCUGUUGCAAGUAUCACCGACUGCCCAUCAAGACUAAGUGUACAUGAAUAUGUGGCACACCAGAAUGUUAGGGGCGGGAGGCAUCGACGAUGGCUUUCAAUCUUGACCGAGCUUGGAUCCUCGAACGUCAACUUCAGUCUCCAGGAUACAGCUGUUCUUUUCCGUUUGCUAGUGCUACAAGCCGGUCCCCAGCUGAAGGAUGACAGCCUACGUACUGUUCACUGUGUUUUUAGAGACGUGAACUUCUGCCGUAGGCUAAUCGAGCAAAUCGAACAGCACGUGGAAAUCAUAUCACCCAAUUGGCGCGAGUACUACUACAUGGAGACUCUGCUUACACUAACUAUCCAACUGUGCGAGCUCUCUUGCUCAGAAUUACAAAAGCAAGUGCAUGCCCUCCUAUUGAAAGUGCGAGGUAUUACUCUUGCCUGGACCAUGGCUCUCAGGAGCGAAAUGCGCCGUGCCCAGGAAGCAGAUACCGCAGAGAGUGCAGCUAAAUACUGCUUCUUUUCUGCCCUCCUGUGUCGCAGGACGUUUACACUCCAAGCCUAUGACGGUCAAGAACUUGAUGCAGAGAGCUUCAGGGACUUUAUUGAAGCAACAUUUACACUGCAAGAAAGCUUGUUGAUCGACGUAUCGGAAUUUAUGAUUUUUACACGGAAUGUACUUGUCCGCGAUAUUAAAAUGGCCGCUGCACUACGACCUACACUCCGACAAGCCGUUACUGUGCAUCAGGCUAGCUUGAUGUCAGCUAUUGAUACUUGUUGGCCAGGUGCAGAACUCACUGCGAGACAGCGCACGCAAUGGCGGUUCCUAUCUCACCCGUAUGAAUGGUGGCUCAUGUCAACAAUUCACGGUACAGAGACUACUAUACCACAGGUGCUCCAUUACCAUUUGCUGGAGGGCCACUUGCUAGUAGACGGACAAACGAUGGGAAAGCUUCCGGCUGAUAUCAGAGAUUCAGAAGUAUUGAAAGAACUAUUUGGAAACCAACGGCUUGUUGCUUAUCCUUCAAACAUGUUGGGGAUGAAUUAUGUGCUCGCAAAUGAUCGGGAAGGUCAUCAGAUACACCUGGGAUACCGAGGAAAGGAGCUGGUGAUACGCUCCAAGAAGUUUGGCAGAAUCUUGGAAUUUGUUCCGCGUCGGGUCUUUGGUCAGGGUGCCGAAAUGGAUUUGCCAAGUCAGCUAGUCGACAAUUGCUUUCACUGGCUUGACCUAACUUCUGGAGACAUUGAGAUUCGACGGCAGCAACGGCUGUGGAAAGAGAGCAACUGGACUAUAAGUACCCGGUUUCGCCGAGCACAGCGCCGAACUGCCUCUCUCCUUGACCCACACAGUGUUCUGUUCGGAUUAGUGGCUAAAACCUUCCACAACUUCGAACAGCCGCAUAUGCUAACCGUGGUCCAGCCGCUCAAAGGAAGCCUCACUGUGGAGUUGAAGCGGAUGGACCUGACGUUUUAUGUCAACAAGAAAGGUCUUUUGCAAUGUAAGCAACUGGCGGCUGAAAUUGACCCAAAUCAAGAUGCGGGUACGCUAUAUGGGCUUCUAAGUAUGCUUGUUCUCCGAAGGAUUCACAAUCGUUCCCAGCGCAUUGUCAUCAUACCAGUGGGCAAGCCAUUGUAUCGGCGCCACGGAAUGCAUGUCCAUAUCGAGACAGCAAAUGGUGGCGACUAUGCGACAUACAGCAUAGACGGCAUCCUUGGACAGCUUCAUAGCCCACCGGAGCCACGACUGCUCUAUAACAAAGCACUAUUGCACGCACUCACAUCUUACUUCAUACCUGAUCCCCUCACAGGCCGUACAGGGACAGAAGAAGCAUUAUCAUGGUUGCAAUCUGGAUCCUGCCAGCCCUGGGCUCCUCUCACCAAGGUUUCCCUGGAUAUAUUAGGCAUAAUAUCAGCUUUGACACCAAAGCGAGUAUACUAUCCAAAGGAGAGGAAAAGCCAACAGACUGUCCAUUGGGAACCUCAGUUGACAAUAACAAUCCAACAUGAUGCUUAUAUGCCAAUCAUUGACCGCAUUGUGAAGAAGUCCGAGCGGCUUGAGGCAUUCGAACUUAAUGUUCCGAACACCACCAUAGAGACGCCACUUGCUGUACCGCACCUUAGAGACCGAGCCUACUGGAGACGAUCACUCUAUGAACGGCCAGGAUUAAUUUCACCACCCGUAACUCCGCCGCUAGACUUACUAUACAUUGCGCGAGAUCGUUGGAGAUCUUCUAAGCGUUCAUCCAAUGUCCGGGAGAUAGUUCAUUUGCUCAAACAGAAGCCUUCAUAUGUACAUACGACAUCCAAGUUAGUGAACAUACUCGAGGGAUGGCCGCUUAUCGGUGGGUAUACCACUGAGUUCAUGCCCUACUCUAUAGAGGAGUGUCUGAGUGGGAAACAUGCCCAUGAAUGGGGUGGCUGGGUUAGUCUCUGUAAGAAGUGCGAACCAGAAGAUGCCUACCGCCUCAUGUUUCAGCUGGGUGUGGUGGCAUUUCGAAAUGGUGUCGAGAUGACUGUUCUUCGUGUGAUCGUUGCUUUCUUCCUACUUGAAGAUUUAAAAAACAUGAGUCUCCCUCCCUACUCGUCUUUUACUGAGUUUAAAGUCGGUCAAAAGCCCACAUCUGAUACACUGUUCGGCAUAGUGAGGCCAUUUUGCGAGGCAUACGGCGGCUCUACCGGAGAGCGGAAGAAGAACAAGCGAGCAAAAACCAUCGAAGAAAUCCGCCAGACUGAGGCUGCUAAAGAAGAUCAUGAGUUGAAAUGUGCAAAUGAGUGUCGCCGGUUUGUUACUUUUCUGCUCGAUCAAUGGCCAUGCAUUGAGCCCAUGGUUGAAGGUUUCAAUCAGACUUACCUAGAUGUGCCGCUGGCCAUGAAGGAGGUGAUACCUGAGUGGCUUAGACUGUAUAAGAAUUUGCGACUGUGUCAUCAUAUUGACGAAGUCCAAGCAGUAUUGAAUAUACAUUCCGCUGUCACUAAUACAGUUAAUACGACUUUUGAAUGCCCGAAGACUAUCUUAUUUCAGCAAUCAGGGGUUCGCUAUUCCAUUCCACGCCUUGGUGAGCUUUUGCAAAAGCCUGGACCGAAGCUCAACACAAACCAUGACGUACGCACUGUCAAAUUAUGGGCCAAGCCCCAGAUGCCUGCGAUGCCGCCAGCUUUAAACCCUGGCCGAAGGCUGCACAUCCCUCCAGAAGUUACGGAGAUAGAGAAUCUAGUUAGCGAUGCUAUGGAUUCACGUUGCCCUGUCAAACUGAGGUAUGGGCAAGAUUUGAAGGAGAGUAUUGACGCGUUGAAGCUGGCUGAGCGUACGGAUGAACGACAGAUAAGCCUGCAUGUUAACUGGGGUUUUGCGACUGACAUAUUUAACUACGAGAUUCAGGAGGCUCGCAUGGUAGUGAAUCAAUACUUCUCUCAAAUAAGCGAGUCGCUAUCAUUGAAAGAAUCGAGGUUCAAGUGGCUACAGCAAAGCAACCUUUGGCCAUUUGUGACGCCUCUGUCAAUUCUUCAGCAGCUUGGAUCGACCUCCAGCAAUAUCUUUGGGCCGGGCAUGAAAGACGCAAUUAUUCUGUAUGGACUAGCAAUUGUCAAGCUUCAACGACUGAACCGGAUGAAAGGAGCUUUCGGAAAGGGCGACGAAGGAACGCUGCGUCAAGAGUAUAAGAAUAACGGUCAUACCAAUUGGCAGCCUGCUGACUAUCCUGACUGGUUAUUGUUAGAGAUUGAUGCAAAUAUUCAAAUUCGCGAAGAUCAAAUUAUAGUCGCCCAGGAAAUGAUUUCACCUACCUCAGGCUUUAACUCGGUGCUCCAAAUGAAUAUGGGUCAGGGAAAAACUUCAGUCAUCAUGGCUAUGGUCGCUUCUUUACUCGCGAAUGGGAAGAUGCUCACAAGACUGUUAGUACCCAAAGCCCUUCUGUCACAAACCGCACAGAUUGUUCAAUCUCGCCUCGGGGGUCUCUUGGAUAGGGAAAUUACCUAUAUCCCAUUUUCCAGACGAACACCAACUACUCCGCAUCUCAUUGGAGAAUAUCGUAAGCUCCAUGAAGAUAUGUUGCAAAGAUCAGGCAUUAUCCUGGGAGUUCCUGAGCAUGUAUUGUCCUUCAAGCUUAGUGGUCUUCAGAGACUCUGUGACGGCAAGGUUGCCGAAGCCACAGACAUGGUCGAGGUCCAGCGCUGGUUGGACAAAGUCUGUCGGGAUGUCCUGGAUGAGUGUGACUUUACGUUAGCUGUCAAGACGCAGCUGAUUUACCCCAGCGGCUCACAGUUAAUGGUUGAUGGACAUCCUAGUCGCUGGGAAGUGACUAUGCGGAUUUUGAAUCUCGUGGCACAGCAUCUACCAGAUCUUGGCCGAGAAUUCCCUCAGAGUAUUGAUGUCAUAGAACGGACAUCUACCGGAUUCCCCGUCGCAUACUUUUUGAGAAAGGAUGUUGAAGAGGCUCUUGUGAGGAGGAUAAUAGAGGACAUCACUUACGGUCAAAUGUCGAUUCUCCCCAUUUGGGAAAGUACAGACGGAGAGCGAGAUGCAGUCCGACGCUUUAUUUCCCAAGAAACGGUCGAUAGCUCGGUCUCCAACCGUGUAGCUACGCUCUUUCCAGAUACACCUCAGGCGCAUAAGAAUCUCUACUUGUUACGAGGGCUGCUUGCACACGGUAUAUUGCUACUCUGUCUUAAAAAGAGGUGGAAUGUACAGUACGGUCUACACCCCGAUAGGGCCCCAAUGGCUGUCCCAUUCCAUGCCAAAGGCGUCCCUUCGGACCAUGCCGAGUGGGGCCAUCCAGAUGUUGCUAUUCUGUUUACUUGUCUCUCGUUUUACCAUCAAGGGCUUACCGAAGAUCAACUCCAACGGAGCCUACAGGAGGUUUUGAGAUCCGAUGAUCCCGCUAUUGAAUACGAUCGGUGGACACAGACAUCGCACACUUUACCAGAAACGUUGCGCCACUGGAAUACGAUCAAUGUCGACGACAGGGGCCAAGUCGCUGAGAUAUGGCAACAUCUGCGCUUGAAGACUGUUGUUAUUAAUCAUUUUCUGAGAAAAUUUGUCUUUCCUGUACACGCCAAGCAGUUCAGUACCAAGUUGCAGGCAUCAGGCUGGGACCUUCCCCUCUACGCUAACUCUCUAGGUCAAGGUGCAGCUACUGAGCUCAUGCGUCCGGGAAUCACAACUGGAUUUAGUGGGACUAACGACAAUCGUCGACUGCUUCCUCUUUUGAUAAAGCAGCACGAUCUUCCUGGGCUGUCACAUACGAACGCAGAAGUUCUCACCUAUCUUUUGCAGCAGAGAAACCGAGCGUAUAAGGUAGCGGCAAAUCAAGACGGUACACGGUACUCGGAGCGUGACCUUCUAAAAUAUCUCAAACUACGUAAGAUGCGCAUUCUGAUUGAUGCUGGGGCGCUCAUACUGGAAAUGAGUAACCAGGCGCUCGCACGAGCUUGGUUGCAAGAGGACGACCAAGCUCAAGCUGCAGUUUACUUUAAACAGGAUAAUCAGCCCUGGGUGCAUUACCGAACUGGAAGAGCUGUCCCCCUUCUUUCCACCCCCUUUGCGGAAAAUAUGGAGAAUUGUGUGGUCUAUAUAGAUGAGGCACACACCCGGGGCACUGACCUCAAGCUGCCGCGUCAUGCUCAAGGAGCAUUAACUCUUGGCUUGAACCAAACGAAGGACCACACCGUUCAAGCUGCUAUGAGAUUGCGACAGUUGGGAACGACGCAAUCCAUCAUUUUUAUCUCACCACCAGAGGUGCAUCAGAGCAUACUGGAUGUCUGUCAUAAGAGCGUGCAUGAUAGUGUUGAUUCAUCAGAUGUGCUCUCCUGGCUUAUCAAUCAGACAUGCGAUAAUAAUAGAGAUUUGCAACCGUUGUACCUCUCCCAAGGGGUCGACUUCUGCCACCGCAUGCAAGCUUCCAUCGACCAUAAGAGUUUCUUGACCAACCCAGACCAUAGGAAUGCGUACACUGAGCACUUGAAGCGACCUGAACAACAGACAUUGGAACAGCUCUACCAGCCCCCGUCACACGAGCAUGGCGAUGUGAUGUCUCCAUCAACCGCCACUACCACGUCCUUUACAGGAAACCUCGCUUCUUUCAUAGACAAACUACAACAAAGCUAUGCACAGUCCCAUGUCAAGGGAUCAUUGAAGAAUGCCGCAUUAGAGGAGGUUGAGCAGGAACGAGAGGUUGCCUUUGAGAUCGAACAGGAAAGGGAGAUACAACGGCCUUUGACAAUGAAAGCACACCGGUACCCUGGGCUGCAUACCUCCAUUAGAAAUUUUGCGAUAAUCGGUUGCCUGAAGGGAAACGAAGGUUACAUGAAGGCGGCCACUGUCAUAGAGUCAACAGAUCUGGGGCGCAAACAUGGCAUUGAUGCUUCGACGUUACUACGCUCCUUGUAUGUUUCGACCGAGUUUAUGAGGACGGUGGUCACAAAAAAACGGGCAAAGAGUAUCGAUAACUUUCUGCGUCCCGUGAAUUGGCUGCUUUGGAAUUCGCAGACAAAUGUUGGGCUAGUGAUCAUUCCAGAGGAGGCCGAGGAGCUAAUUCCUAUUAUACGUACAAUACAAAAAUCGGCAGUGCAUUUAAUUACGUAUGCGGCACCAUUCACAAAGCGAAUGCUCCAGUUUGAUAGUCUCACUUACUACGCUCUCCCGAGCCUCCCCAAAGGGUGGUCUCCGCCACCAUGGCUUCCGUUCGAGUUGGGAAUUCUGGCAGGGCGUCUGUAUUUCCAAUUCUCAGACUACACGUUUCUGUUGGAGCAGCUGCGACUCGACCUGGAGAACCCCAUAAGUCCCGCUGUAGCAAGUAGUGCUGCAGCAUGUGACAAUUCAUUUGUUAGAGGUCAGUUCAACUUUCUUCAGGACUGGUUGACUCUCCGUCGCCAGGGACAGGACAUAUCACACACUCCAAUGGGAUAUGUUUGCCAGGGCUCCAGGCUCCGCCGUGAUCACCCAUUCUUCUUGGCCAGAAAAGAAGUGGAUGAGAUAGAAAGCGCCGGCCGCCGUCUAUUCUACACCUCGAACUACAGGGAAAGUGAUGAACCUGAGGAGUAUUAUGAUAGUGACGAUGUUGAGAAUGAUGUCGAGGGUGUUGAGAAUGAUGUCGAGGAUGUUGGUAUGAUGCAAGGAGGAGAAGAUGAUGUAUCGGAUGUUCAUGUAGAUAUGCGUGAGGGGGAUUAA